CAGACAAGGCUCUGUCCGGCCAGCUCAACUCAACUUAACCACCACAAUUCUUCAGAGGGAUGUCUUUCCUAUAAGUUUAACAAACUGAGGCAUUUACCCAAGUUCUACAACUUUUAACUAUCUUAAUUACUCUUUGCUUACUUUUAACCAGUCUUUAAAGGUCUCUUGUUUGAGGAUAAGUAGUGCGCGACACUUUUAGAGAAGACAGGCGCGUAGUGAAACAUCCAAAUUUGGAUUAUAGUUUCUGUUUCUCGUCUUUCAGUUGAGAAAACCCGACUCGUGAUGGUUGUCCUGUCACUUAGGUUACUAAUGGUAGGAGUUGUAGUAAGUCUGACUUCAGCUCUUCUGGCUGGUGAAAUUAUAGACAAAGAAGACUUGUUGAAGAUCCGUCUGAAAGAGUAUGGCCUCAUUACUCCCAUCAGUACCGACGCAGAGGGACACUACCUCUCGCAUCUUCUCUCGGCCAAUCACAAGCAGCGUGUUAAGCGUGAGGUUUUGGAAGGGUCAGCUCAAGCUGUAGACAGGCUGUUCUUUAACAUCACUGUCUUUGGCAAGGAAUUCCACCUCCGACUACAUCCCAACCAAAGAUUAGUGGCUCCAGGAGCCAUGGUGGAAUGGCAUGAUGAGAUCGAAAUAGCUGGGAAUGCAACUGAGAAUGGAACCCACUCAGAGAGAAUACUUCGAAGGGAGCUGCUGAAAACAGACUGCACUUUUAUAGGGGACAUCACGGAUGUGCCUGGAGCUUCUGUCGCCAUUAACAACUGUGAUGGACUGGCUGGUAUGAUUCGUACUGAUUCUGAUGAGUACUUCAUUGAGCCUCUGGAGCGAGGAACACAGGAACACGAGGAGAGAGGAAGAGUUCAUGUGGUGUAUCGUAGGUCUGCAGUAUUGCAAGCUCCUUCAGACAUCUCCUUGGAUUACCACCAGAUUGAGCCUGAAUUGGAUGCACCAAGGGUGCUGGACAAUAUUGCUAAACAAGUCAAAAAGAAAGUCAGGAGACGGAGGCACGCUGGUGACGAUGACUACAAUAUUGAGGUGCUGCUUGGAGUAGAUGAUUCUGUUGUCCGUUUUCAUGGGAAAGAGCAUGUGCAGAACUAUCUCCUCACCCUCAUGAACAUUGUAAAUGAGAUCUACCACGAUGAAUCAUUGGGAGUGCACAUAAAUGUUGUGCUUGUGAGGAUGAUAAUGCUUGGAUAUGCUAAGUCCAUCAGUCUCAUUGAGCGUGGCAACCCUUCACGAAGCCUGGAGAAUGUGUGUCGCUGGGCAUUUGUUCAGCAGAAAGAGGAUCCAGAGCACUCAGAGCAUCAUGACCAUGCCAUCUUCCUGACCCGGCAAGGCUUUGGCCCCACCGGGAUGCAAGGAUAUGCCCCUGUCACUGGGAUGUGCCACCCUGUCCGCAGCUGCACCCUCAAUCAUGAAGACGGCUUCUCUUCUGCCUUUGUUGUAGCCCAUGAGACAGGACAUGUACUUGGAAUGGAGCAUGACGGUCAGGGCAACCGCUGCGGUGACGAAACAGCCAUGGGAAGUGUCAUGGCCCCUCUGGUGCAAGCAGCCUUCCAUCGCUACCACUGGUCGAUGUGCAGUGGCCAAGAGCUGAAGAGAUAUAUUCAUUCAUAUGACUGCCUGCUGGAUGACCCCUUCAAACAUGAUUGGCCGCAGCUCCCUGAACUUCCCGGCAUCAAUUACUCCAUGGAUGAGCAGUGUCGCUUCGAUUUUGGAGUUGGAUACAAAAUCUGUACUUCAUUUCGCACAUUUGAUCCAUGCAAACAGCUGUGGUGCAGUCAUCCAGAUAACCCUUACUUCUGCAAGACCAAAAAAGGGCCACCAUUGGACGGGACUGAAUGUGCACCUGGGAAGUGGUGUUACAAAGGUCACUGCAUGUGGAAGAAUGCCAACCAAGUGAAGCAAGAUGGAGCCUGGGGUGUCUGGAGCAAGUAUGGCUCAUGCUCUCGUUCCUGCGGGACGGGCGUCCGCUUCAGAACUCGCCAGUGCAACAACCCUGUUCCAUCUAAUGGAGGACAGGACUGUCCAGGGGUGAACUAUGAGUACCAGCUGUGUAACAUUGAUGAUUGCCCCAAACACUUCGAGGACUUCAGAGCUCAGCAAUGUCAACAUCGCAACUCCCACUUUGAAUACCAGAACACUAAACAUCACUGGCUUCCCUACGAACAUCCAGACGCCAACAAAAGGUGUCAUCUUUAUUGCCAGUCGAAAGAAACAGGUGACGUGGCUUAUAUGAAGCAGCUGGUGCAUGAUGGCACAAGAUGUUCUUAUAAAGACCCGUACAGCAUCUGUGUGCGAGGAGAGUGUGUGAAAGUGGGCUGUGACAGGGAAAUUGGCUCCAAUAAGGUGGAGGAUAAGUGUGGUGUGUGUGGGGGUGACAACUCCCACUGUCGAACUGUGAAAGGAACCUUCACUCGUGUGCCCAAGAAAGCUGGGAAAACAAGAGGAGCCUUCUUGCUGCCGAAAGGAGCUCGGAAUGUAUAUCUGAAUGAAACGGAGGAUUCUAGAAAUGUGAUGGGUUACCUAAAGAUGUUUCUCAUUCCUCCUGGGGCUAGACAUGUGAUCAUACAAGAACAUGAGGCUUCUCCUCAAAUUCUUGCUAUUAAGAACCAAGCAACAGGGCAUUACAUUCUCAACAGCAAAGGAGAGGAUGCAAGAUCUCGGCGCUUCAUUGAAAUGGGAGUGGAGUGGGACUACCUUAUUGAGGAUGAUGUUGAGACUCUCCACACUGAUGGUCCACUACAUGAUGCAAUUGUUGUUCUGAUUAUACCUAAAGACAAUGAGACGAGGUCCACGCUGAUGUACAAAUACAUCAUCCAUGAAGAUUCGGUGCCCCUUAACAACAAUAAUGUCAUUCAAGAGGACACGUAUGAGUGGGCACUUAAAAGCUGGUCCCAAUGUUCGAAACCUUGUGCUGGAGGCUUCCAAUACACCAAAUAUGGGUGUCGUAAAAAAGGUGACAACAAAAUGGUGCACAGAGGCUAUUGUGACAUCAACAAGAAACCCAAACCUAUUCGCAGAAUGUGUAACUUACAGGACUGUACGCAACCACAAUGGAUCACAGAGGAGUGGGAACAUUGUACUAAAACCUGUGGGAGCUUGGGAUACCAAAUCCGCACUGUGCGCUGUGUCCAGUUCCUUCACGAGGGCACGAACCGCUCCAUCCACAGCAAAUACUGCAGUGGAGAAAACCCUGAGAUCAGAAGGCCAUGUAACAGAAUACCCUGCCCUGCCCAAUGGAGGACUGGGGCCUGGUCAGAGUGCUCAGUGUCCUGUGGGGAGGGUGUGGCACGACGCCUGGUCACAUGUCGCCUUGGGGAUCAAUGCACUGGCGAGAAGCCUGAGUCGCACAAAGUCUGCAGGCCAGGAUCCUGUCACGAUGAGCCAUGCGGAGGAGACAAGUCCAUAUUCUGUCAGAUGGAGGUUCUGGCUCGUUAUUGCUCGAUACCAGGUUACAACAAGCUCUGCUGUGAAUCCUGCAGUAAGCGAAGUGGCACUUUUGCUCCUCUUCUGCACGAAGCAGCUGAGACGGAGGAGGAACUUCGCUUCGGUUCAGCCUCUCAACUUCUGGAGACACUCUCAGCCUCAGCCGUUAAUGGAACUCUGAAAGGCCCUCAGCAGCAUCAGCGGGGAUCCUCGUCACAAGGCCAAUUUGCCAAGCAGACCGCCACUCCCCCGCCUCGCAAACCCAAUACCGAGAACAGCAAGACUCAAAAGCGGCUCAAACCUGGCGUGAGAAAUCUACCUGCAAUGACGAUCCAUAGCUCGUGGAAUGAGGACGCCGCUAAAGAUGCACCAUGGCAGCUGGAAAGUUCCCAAGAGACUCAGUGGCCAACGGCAUUAUCCGAGGUGGAGAGAUGAAGGCUAGUUUGUGUCUUUUUUCCUCUGGAGUCUCUCUCUUCUUUGUUUGUUGUAGAUAUAGAUCUUUAACAUUCAUCGUUCCCUUCAGAUCAUCCUCAAGAUAUUUAAAAACAAGAGAGGGAAAAGUGCUGGUUCACUUUCAAAUGUUCUCAAUUCCCCCACCAGCAGUAUUUGUUUUUAGAACACACUUGUCAAUCACACACUGUUGUGAAGGGGAAUGUGCCAAAGACAUUCUUAUGAUGAUCCUUUCAGCAUCCUGGUCUAUGGAGGUUUGGUUCAUAUACGUGAAGAGACUCCGGUGGUACUCGUGAGGAAACGCUUGUAGUUGUAUCAAACUUCACGAUCUUUACAGUUUUAUUUUUAACAGCUCCAAACUUGUUUGACCAAUUAAUAUUUAUGAACAUUCCUGUAAAUACUGUAUAUGGAAAAUGUCAGUAUUAUUUUUUUCAAACUUACAAGCUGAGGAUUUUUAAAAUAAGAGAUUCAGGACCAUUAUCGGUGCAUUUUUAUAUUAACACGUUAAUAAUAUGUUAGGAAAUGUGCUUUCAGCCACGAGUUAAUCACUGAAGAAUUAGUAUUCCAAAACGGUGUGAGCCAAAGGAAAAACAUCAGUGAAAUACCAUUAAAAGUGCAAUGAAAUCUCUACUUUUGGUUACAAAAGCAUUUCCGUCACUCGUGAAUCAGCCUCUCAGCAAGUCAUCGAUUAAAUAAAUUCUCGUAGACUUUGUUUUCCUCCAAAAGAAUUUUUCCCGUAAAAUGUUUACCUGUGAUGUUGAGGCUUCUCUUUGACACUUGCCUCUUAGAUUUCUCCUAUUUUGUCUUAUGAAUUCACCUUUUCAGACAGAAAAAUUGAGUGACAAAAUUGAGUGUGAACGUCAUUAAGCAGCUAGCUUCAUCAUAAUGUAGGAGACCCAUCAUAUAUAUUGUGAAUUGGAUGUUUCAGGUGGGAUUUUGAAGGAGUAAAGCUGGACUUUCUGGAGAUCUUAUACUGCACAAGAUAUCUCUUGUCUGAGGAAGAGGAAAGCUAUUUAUUUUUUAUAAUCGAGGGUGAUAUCUCAACCACAAUGCAUCUGACUGCAAUACCAAGGGGACCAGUUAAUCUAUCAGUGGAGUUCAGCUGUUCAUAACCGUACACACACUCUCACCUGUGUGCUACUGUAAAGCUAUUGUAUAUACCAUUGAGAACUUUAGAGUAUUUAUUGAGAUUCAAAGUUCAACAUCAUUUCUUAAGUGUUACUUCAUUAUCUGUUACUUCAGAACAAAAGCACAAGCUCCCAUUGAGUAGUAAGAGUCGCUCACAAAAGUAAAUAGAAACAAAAGUAGACAUACGAAUAGCCUUGUUGUUGUUGUUUUAACUGCCGUUUUAGAUACAAUAAGACAUGCUCAGCUUUUGAGAUGUUAUAAGGGAAAGCUGUUUCUCGGCCAUUUUAGAAUAGAAAUAUUGUAGAGAAAAUCCUAAACAAAGCUGUCAUUUACGGCGAUUCAUUGUCCAUCACCCAAUCCUACACGAAACUGUUUUUACAGUUAAUUCGUAGCUUUACCUAAAACAAGACUUGAUCCUCUAGAAUAGACAACUUCAUUCAACCGAUGAAAGCUGAGGUGAACGUUGUGUGCGUCACAAAAAAAAAACUUGUUCACUUUCUGCUAACAAAGAAUUUGUUACUAAUAAAAUCAACUAGCUUUCAGAAACACAAAAGAAUGUGAAUAGUAGAUGUUAAAUUGACAAUCCCUAAGCCACAGACAGACACCCAAUACAAAAGGAUAAAGCAUAUCCUCACAAUUCCAUGUCCAUUUAAGUAUUAAUUGUUGUUCUGGCUUACAAAGACACUUUCAGUUGCUUGCAGUCAUUUCUUUUUGUUUUAAUUUGUACUUUUGCUAGUUGUAAUGGGAGUGUACACUACUGAGGCUGUUUUUUGUAAUGGGGAGCACAUAGCAAUAAAGAAAGUAAUAAACACCG